GAGUUGCGACGUAAGAAGAUUGGGAAUCCAGGCCAUGCUUUCCGGCAAGGCGGCGAGGCACGUCAACAGCCAUGGCGGAGGGGGAGGAAGCGUCUCCGGCGAACAGCUGGCAAAAUGAUCUUGCAGAAGCUCUUGAGGAAGGUGGUUGUGAUCUUGAAACAGUUAGAAACAUCAUCCAAGGGAGACCUAUACCUGAUGAUCUUAGAGCCAAAGUCUGGAAGAUUGCAUUGAAUGUUGCAGGGAAAGGAGAUAGUUUGGCUUCCUGGGACGGUUCUUUAGAUCUUCCAGAACAUCCACUAAUUCACAAAGAUUGUCAAGAACUCGUUGAUCAGCUGUCAAUCCCAGAGGAAGAGAAGUCAGUAUUACGUUUAGAUAUUGAAUCUGUGAUUACCUUCUACUGUAAAUCUCGUAAUGUUACAUACAGUUCUAAUCUUAGUUGGACAUAUCUCCUCAAGCCAUUGGUGCAUCUUCAACUUCCACGAAGUGACUUGUACAACUGCUUCUAUGCUAUCAUGAAUAAAUACAUUCCAAGGGACUGUUUGCAGAAAGGGAGACCAUUCCAUCUCUUUCGGUUGCUCCUUCAGUAUCAUGAGCCAGAACUCUGCUCCUUUUUGGACACCAAAAAGAUGACACCAGACUCAUAUGCACUCAACUGGCUUGGAUGCUUAUUUUCAAGGCACUGUACUCAUGAAGUCACUCAGGCAAUAUGGGAUGGCUACUUACAGCUAGCAGAUCCAUUCUUUGUUUACUUCCUAAUGCUCAUCAUCCUUGUUAAUGCAAAAGAAACAAUCUUAGCACCAGAGUCAGACAGCAAAGAAGACAUCGUGAAAUUUCUAGAAAAAUCCCCUGCCAAUUUUGAGGUAGAAGACAUAGAAGACCUUUUCUCCCUGGCACAUUAUUAUUGUAGCAAAACUCCAGCUUCUUUCAAAAAGGAUAACCACACUCUUUUUGGCAGCAGCUUGCUGGGUCUCAAAGAUGACGAUUCAGACUUGAGCCAAGCUCUGUGUCUAGCAGUUUCUGUAUCAGAGAUUCUUCAAGCAAAUCAACAGCAAGGGGAAGGAGUACGGUUCUUUGUGGUGGAUUGUCGUCCUGCAGAACAGUACAAUGCUGGGCAUUUAUCAACGGCUUUUCAUUUAGACUCAGACUUGAUGCUUCAGAACCCAUCAGAAUUUGCCCAGUCUGUGAAGUCUUUGUUAGAAGCACAGAAACAGUCUAUUGAGUCUGGCUCAAUAGCAGGUGGAGAGCAUCUUUGUUUCAUGGGAAGUGGCAGGGAAGAGGAAGAUAUGUAUAUGAACAUGGUGCUAGCACACUUCUUACAGAAAAAUAAAGAAUAUGUAAGCAUUGCUAAAGGAGGAUUUAUGGCACUGCAACAGCACUUAGCAGACAUUAACGUGGAAGGACCAGAAAAUGGAUAUGGCCACUGGAUUGCUAGUACUUCAGGUUCAAAAAGUAGCAUAAACUCCCUAGUUGAUGGUGAUUCUCCCAAUGGUUCAAGUGAUGGGAAAGGUGUCAAAUCCUUGGUAAACAAGAUGACCGAAGCUUUGAAGACUAGAUCUGUGAAUGUGAAAGAGAAAGUUAUUAGUUUUAUUGAAAAUACAUCAACCCCUGUAGACAGAGUUUCUUUCAGUCUUUCCUGGCCCGAGAGAACAAGCAUGCCGCGACAUGUCAGCAGCAGUGACAGAGUGGGAAAACCAUACCGUGGUGUGAAACCGGUUUUCAGCAUUGGGGAUGAGGAAGAAUAUGAUACUGAUGAAAUUGACAUCUCUUCAAUGUCUGAUGAUGAUCGAAAAGAAAUUGUCAAUAUCCAGACUUGGAUAAAUAAGCCAGACAUAAAGUAUCAUUUCCCUUGUAAUGAGGUGAAAGAAAAUGGAAACAUGUUUCCUAGUCAUCUUCUAGUGACUGCAACACACAUGUACUGCUUGAGGGAGAUUCCCUCCAGAAAGGGAUUUGCUUACAUACAGUCUCGCCAGGCGCUAAGGUCCGUCGUUAAAAUUACUUCCAAGAAAAAACAUCCUGAAUUGAUAACCUUUAAGUAUGGAAAUACCACCACUUCAGGCAUAGAGAUUCUAGCAAUUGAGAGGUACUUGAUUCCAAAUGCAGGUGAUGCUACCAAAGCCAUAAAACAACAGAUUAUGAAAGUUCUGGAUGCCCUGGAAAGCUAAUAAGAAAAAUCAGUUUCCAUAUGGUUUCAGCAAAUUGACAGAUACUACAGAUGGACAUACAGUGACUGCGUUCCUGAUGAAUACUAACCUAAAAGGAUAUUUCAGUUUACUGAUGGGAGUGCCUAGAUAAGCAGGUUUUAAGUUGGGGGUAAAUUAUACAUUUUGAACAGAUUUUUAAGUAUUUUUCUUUAACCUGCUUGGAUUUUGCAAAAGUUUAUUGUAAAGGUCAGUUAUUUUUAACAUAGCUUUAGAGGAGCUGACCUGUUCUUAAGACCACAACCUGACACACAGAUUUUUCUCAAGAAUUAUGCUGAAGCUGCAGUGUUUCUGGGGAAAUGUUUCAAGAAUAUAGAUCUUCUAUUAAAGAUGGGAAAGUAGGUGAUAUUUUUAAAAGCCCUAAGCACUGAAUAUUUGGUUUGAGUGGUUAAGUGUCAUAUCGAGGAAUGACACAAUAUUUAUCACACGAGGUAAGAGUUGUUUUCCUCUUUUUAAAAAAUGGAAGCCAACCAAAAAUUCUGUAGUCCACCAAAAUGGAAAGUGGGACCGUGUAUACUGCUCUGUGUAAGUGAUAUUUAAAAUCUUCUAUGCACUAUCAGGUUUUUAAAAGUGAUUCAGUUACUAAUCUUGAAAUACUAAACUGUAUACAGUAAUGAAGAGUUUACACUCACAAGUUUAUGGUUUGGAUAGCCAGGAAAGCUACUGUUAUCUUGGCCCAAGAUCGACUAGACAGCAAGUAGAAAUUACAGUUCUCGCUCCAAUGACGCAGUAUAAGAGUGGACUGCGAUGAUGGGAACAUAACCUUAAUCUGUAAGGUAUCAUUUUCUAAAACGGGCAGAGGCUGAAGCUGUACUACAUGCAAGUAAAACAAGGUGAACAUUUUCUCUCCAACAGAUCUCUUCUUUGAGAUCUGCUGGUUAAUUUUUUAGUGUCUUCAAUUGUUGGGAAUUAAAAGAUGUUGCUGCAAAACUGGAUCUUUCACAUGUUAACCAUGAGGGACAUGAAUGCACUUAUUAAUCCUGAAGCAAGCUGUCUACAUGCUGUCAUAAAAGCCUCCAUGACUAUGGAAUAAUACUUUGACAGUUUUUAAUGUGCUGUUAAAAAAAAAAAAGACAUCUGCAGGUCUAUAAGGUACCAACAUGUUCUUAGUAAGAGUCAAGUAAAAGCACCUUAAUUCUGAAACUAUCUCUGAGUUUUUAAAAAAAAUAUCUAAACAAACACUAUUAACAAAUAUUCAAAGAUGAAUUGCAUGAACUGCACUUCUGCCAAUGCUCUUAUGUAUAGUUCUGCUCCAGAGCUGUUGUAUUAUUAUUCUUUCUUCUGACCCCCUUUACAAACAAAAUUGAAGGGCCUUCAUUGUGCCUAUGUCAGCAAUGAGAUUUUUUUCAUAAAGUUAAUGUAAAGAUGUUUGUUGUAACUGUUUAUAAUCUGCCAUUGUAAAUAAAUCAAUACUAUUUGAGCACAA